AGAUAUUCAGUCUUCCCAUUUAGAUGGAAAACAACGCAUUUGGCAAUAGCCAUUUGCCAUCACAAGCGCUUGUUGUUCUAUCGGAGGCCGCUUCCGGUUUGCAUGAGGCUUUGCGUGGACAACGUCCGUUUCCAUCAAGAUUACCUGACGCCAAAGAUCUACACAAUAUGUCACUAGUCAGCAACUAUGGCACCCAUUUGCUGCACAACUUCCAUCCGCAUCUUCUCCAGACUCUCAAUCAUGGCAUGCUGGCGGCAAAUGGCGCCGCAGCUGCAGCUGCUGCAGCGGCGGCUGCCUCCGGGGGAGUUGGGCCAACUAGUUAUUUUGCCAGCAGCAGUGAAAGGAAGCCGUCGGUUCUGACGAAUUUCUCGCUACCAUCGGCAUUUUCGCCACCCAAAUAUAUAGGCAUAUCGUUGGAUCAGAAUCUUUUCAAUGGCAGCGAAUCAUUUCGCACGGAUUCGGCCAGUCCCACAUGUACAUCACAUGAAUCCAUGGAAGGAUCACAGGAUUAUGAUGCCAUUGAAAAGGGUGAAAGUCCGCGCAGCAAUAAUUCUCAGGAUCCCAGGGAUUUAAGGCAUCUCCAUGGCGGCAGUGCCAAUAAAGGAGGACAUAACCCAGCUGCAGUUGCCGCUGCUGCGGCUGCGGCCGCAUCAUCCUCGGCUGCCAGUUCUUCAUCGUCGUCAUCAUGCUCUACUAGCUCUUCCCUAGCCAUAAGUACAGCGGCCACUACCAUGGCCACACAUCAUUUGACCUCUCCGCAUCAUUCGCAUCCGGCCCAUCCUGCACAUUCACAUCCGCACGCCCAUUCGCAUGCCCAUGCACAUGCACACCAUGGCCAUAUAGUACCCACAUCGACGCAUCAUCAUAUGGUCCAUCCGCAUCCACAUUCGCUGUCCCAUCAUCAUGCAGCUGCAGCGCAUCAUGCGGCCCUGGCCAGUUUGAGUAUGGCUGGAUUGCGUGCGGUUCCUGGUGGCUUGAGUUUGGUCAGCGGACUGCAGGCAGCGGCCGCUGGCGGUGCCAUACCAGAUAUGUGUCCAGUUUGUGGUUUGAAACUAAGUGCUGAGGAAUGGCAUACGCAUUUUCUCACCGAACUCGAUAGACUCUAUAAAUUGAGUUCGGGAUUCGAACGAGCCAAUUUGCAGGCAACCUAUAUGUUUGCGCCACCAUGUCCAGCACAAGAGAAUGCCAUACGCACCAGUCACAAUCGUUGGGAGACAUUCCAGCGUAUAAGAAAUAAUCGUCAGAAUCGUUUGCGACUUAAAGUACGUAAACGUAAAUAUGGGGAAAUGUAUAUGAUGGAGAGUCUAUAUUGCAGUAGUUGUCCAAUUUGCAAGAGAAAAUAUGCUUUGGAAACGGGCAAAAUACCACCAGAGGACGAUUCCAAAAUGCAAGAGGAAAUCGAAACUGUCGAUGUGGAAAGCUGUAAUGAUGAUGUUCCCGAUUCUGGUUCAGAAUUAGCUGCUCCCCCGCCUCCCUCAUUGGCAGUAAUGCCUCAACUUCCACCUCCCUCUAGCAGCACCGGCAGUAAUAGUAAUAGUAUGCACAAUAGCAAUGCCCAGCCGGGUAAACUAGAUGGCAUACUUUAUCGUACGGCUUGUGUGAUCAACCAAAAGGAUGAGCAGGAUGUUAGCACCAAUGUGACCACGGCAAGCAGCAUUACCAGCAGUUGGCAGUCUUCGUCCUCAUCGUCUGGGCAGGAGUCAUCCACAUCCAACAGUGCGACAAUAUCAGCACCCCAAGCACAUAUCAGUGUGAAAAACGUCAGUGAGCUGUCAUCUACCACACAUCACUACUACAACGCCGACUCCUGUGGCGGUGGCGUAGGCGGAGGCGUAACCGACAACGGCAGCAUCAACUCACAGCAAAAUAAUAAUGGCAAUAGCAACAAGGAGCUAAUGAUGGAUACGGCAUCGUGCCAAAACGAUAGCGAUGAGGAUGUAAUUGUGGAUGAUGAUGAGACGACAACAACAAUGAAAAUGACGACCAGCAACAAACAGGCGACCUAUGCAAAAGUACAACAGCGCCGCCAACAGGAGGAGACCACUAUAGGGAGCAGCAGAUCAAUGGAGAACAUUUCACCGAUGGAGGAACGUCCAAGGUCUGAGCCCCAAGUCAGUAGCACUGAGCCCGGUCCCAUGGAUAUUACACACAAUAACAACAAUAUAAAUAUUAACAACAAUUCAUCGGCUAAAUAUGGGGAGUCCAUGGAUAAUAGUCUAACGCAAUUGUCAUCGAUGGGCGUCAGCAUGCCGGGAUUAACGCAAUUGGACACAAAGGUGGGAAUUAGUUCGGAUUUAAAACCGGACGAUGAAAACAAAUGUUUCAUUUGUAAGACAGGCAUAAAGGAUCUCAAUACGGAUGCAUUUCUACGUGGACGUAAUUUUUAUUUUCAUCAAAGCUGUGCCAAUGUCAUGAGUAGCUAUCGAUUGAAUAAAGAGUUACUUAAUCAGCAGCAGCAGCAGGCUCAGCAGCGUACGGCGGCGGGUGUUGGAGGUGGAGCGGCAGCUGGUUCGAUUUGUCCCGGAUCGGGUGGAGCCGGAGGUGGAGGAGGAGAUUCUGUGACGCCGCGUAGCCUGUCGCCGGCCCAAUCGCCGCAGCAAAGUGUCGAGUAAAUUGCAAUCAAUAUGUGCGAAUUUAUCAAGAGUGUGUGUCUGUGUGUAUGUGUGUGUGUGUUUUUGUGGUUAGCUAAAUGGAACGAGUAACGAGUAGUGAGUAGCAUAUACCGACUAGCAAGUAAAGCGUAAAGCGAAUAAGCUCGUA